CUCUUUCACUUCCCCAUUUUUCUCUCAUUCUCUGUCUACAAACACAACCUCUAGAUCUCCAUUUUCCACACAAAUUAUAAAUCUCCAAAUUCCCAUAAUAUUUGUUUUAUUUGUUGCUCCUCAUCCAAAGUAAAAAUUAAAUCUUCUUCUUCAUCCCCCCAUCAUAAUUUUCCUCCAUUACAUGGAAGAAAAAUGGAAAGUUUCAAAAAAGGAAUCAUCCUCAUCAUCUUCCUCCUCCUCCUCCUCCUCCAAAUCAAUAUUUUCAAGAAGCGGUUCCACAAGAAGCACUUCCGCAAAAUUACCAUUACUAAGAAGCUUAUCUCAAAAACAACACACCCCUUCCUCCUCCGCCGGAAAGUCUCCGUCCGAAAAUCUUCGCCGCAGCUCUUCCCAAAAACAUUCGUCUUCUUCUUCAUCCAUUGGCCACAAAUGUAGCAGCUUAGCCAAAGAACAGAAGGCUAGAUUUUACAUCAUGCGCCGAUGUGUCGCGAUGCUUGUUUGUUGGCAUAAACAUGGGGAUCCGUGAACCUUCUUCAUACACCGCCGCUCUACACAAUCUUCAUCCCCCCCUUUUCUUUCCCUUUCUUCUUCCCAUCAAAAAAGAAAGACCGUCGGAUGGAUAUAUGAACUAUGAAGAUUCAACACUUAAAAGAGAUUCAACGGUGGUGGUGGAAGUUCAUAUAUUGGAGAGGUUUACGCUUAAGCUACAAAGACAUAGAGAAAAUCAAUGGUAUAUAUAUUUGAAGUCAAUUCUCUAUUUGAUUGAUUUGAGGUUUUAUGGGUGAAAUCAAAAGGAAAGUUGUGAUGGCUACUUAAAGUUAAUAUAGUAAUAUACAAUUAUUGAGAGAGA